AUCAUCCGGGUACUGCAGUUUGAACACUGAGCGGGGAUCACUUCUAAGACAUCUGACACAAAAAACUGAAAUAUAUUAAUAACUACAAACACGGACGCUGUUUUAUUGACAUUUUUUCUGAUCGUUUAUUUUAUGUCGUCGACGCAGUUUGGAAGAAAAAAACACCAAUACCCGAGUUUACAGUUUGUAACACGGACGCUUUUUGUUAAGGUUAGUUUGAAGAUAAUAGGCGGGAUGUUUUGUUUACUAACACGUGAUAACAAAUAUAGUGUGUAACAUAACAGAUAGUUAUAGUGCGUAACAUAACAGAUAGGUAGUUAUAGUGUGUAACAUCCAGGAUGACACACACUUGUUAACAACUAGGUAGUUGUCGUGUGUAACAUAACAACUAGGUAGUUAUAUAGUGUGUAACAUAACAACUAGGUAGUUGUAGUGUGUAACAUCCAGGAUGACGCGGCAAGAACAACCCAAGGCGGUGUACUUGAAGACUUACGGCAGACAAAUACGCAAACUGCCCGCCUGGAUCUCACCGCACACCCGCAAGGGAGUCUUCGACAGCAGCCGGACCACAGACGGCGACGACUCCGUGUUUGAACCCGCUAAAGUCAGAAGGAAGAAAGCCAAUUCCAAAGGAAAGGCAGUCCGCCCUACAAGAAGGAAAGCGAAGGAGAAUAUCGAUAGUCCUAUACAUCAACAUGCUCUCCAGGGCAAGAUCACCAGAAGAAGAAAAGCUGUCUCAGUAGCAUCCCCUGCAGCUGUGAGAAGGAAACGGAGGCCUCGCCAAACUACCAGUGAGAGUGAGGAUGACAUGGCCUUUUCCAUAAGAAGCCAUCCCAAUCCACUUCAGGUCAAUACAAGUUUGAAAAAAAGAAAAGCUGUCUCAGUAGCAGCUGUGAGAAGGAAACGGAGGCCUCACCAAACUACCAGUGAGAGUGAGGAUGACAUGGCCUUUUCCAUAAGAAGCCAUCCCAAUCCACUUCAGGUCAAUACAAGUUUGAAUAUUCCGGGACCUUCUGUGUCCCGCUUUGUUACCUGCCGCCAGCGCUUGGUCAGUAAAAAACCCAAGCUCAAGAAAGCAACUGCCGUCGACUCUUCGGAGGACUACACUUCUCGGGAGCAUAAAAAAAGCACCACCCCUCCCAAGAGAAAAAGGCUGGAAUCAAGCAUGGAUAGUUCCAACAGCAGCAUGGCCGCCCUUCCCUUGCAAGAGAAUCUCCUCAAUGAGUCGGCAGAUCACAACCUCAGGCCGUGCUCCAGGAAGCCCAUCUUUUGCUCUACGCCCUCUGUGUGCCCGGCCAGAAAAGGGCUGGACAGAGUGCCAGUGGCUAUCACCAAUCAGUCCCUCAACUCCUUGUCCUUGUCCGUCAGCUGCAUAGGUGUUAGCACAUUGAAGGAAGACCUGGGUCAACCAAGGCAGCCAUGCUCUUCACCCCCUUCUGAGAAUACGGAGCAGAAGAACCAAGCAGGCCAGUCUUUCCACCACGGAUACUCCUUUGAUCUGUUUGCACACCCCGUUAGCGUGAACCAGACGGGUCGAUGCUUUAAAACCAACACCUUCUCAGAAAGCGUACCGACUCCAGAAAGUAGCAGCUGCUUUGAGGUACCCAUGAAGGACAUAUCGUCACCAGCUGAAGCGUUGAAGCAGAAAUGUUUGGCCGAGGACUGCAAUGUGAGAGUGAAGAGAUUAGACCUCCUCACCGUUAGUCGACUUCGCCGCCAGACAGUCUACUUCUCUUGCUCGGACCUCCUCAGCUCCGCUGGCACCAAGCCAACAGCCGAGCCAGUUUGCGUUGACCUUCUGUCAUCACCACAACCGUCCUUCGAUGCCAACGAUAGGGAGUCAGAAACGUCAUGUGUUCCUAUCAACCCUUCACUGUCACCCCAAGCUCUUUCACCACAACCGUCCUUCGAUGCCAACGAUGGAGAGUCAGAAUCGUCAUGUGUUCUUACCAACCCUUCACUGUCACCCCAAGCUCUUUCACCACAACCGUCCUUCGAUGCCAACGAUGGAGAGUCAGAAUCGUCAUGUGUUCUUACCAACCCUUCACUGUCACCCCAAGCUCUUUCACCACAACCGUCCUUCGAUGCCAACGAUAGGGAGUCAGAAACGUCAUGUGUUCUUACCAACCCUUCACUGUCACCCCAAGCUCUUUCAUCAGAAGAUGAAUCGAUGGAGCGAUCAGCCUCAGUACGUAUUGUUGAAUCUAGUCAGCUCACCGACAGCAGCUUUGAGUUAUUCACUUGUCCAGAGUUAACAACCGACUUUUCUGUGCAACGGUCAACAGAGAAGAAGGGCAUAGAUGGUUCAUUUGGAAAGGAAUGCAAAGUUUCGGUUAAAAGGUUGGAUAUGUCCCAAUUUAAAACUGGGUUGGUCCAUAGAAAGACAUCUGCAGCACAAUUAGGUAAUGAUGAAGACGCAGUGGACACACAGUCGGAAGAAGACAGCCUCAAGAUGGCUUUGAUCCAGAAAUGUCAAAGUGACAAGCUGGCAGUAAGAAUCCGGAGAAUGACUUUAGCCCAAUUGAAGGAGCUGCAGGGGAAAGUCGCCAAGUCCGACUCGCUUUCAAAUGCUCCAGACUCAACCGGUGGGGUUGUGACGACAACGAGAGACUCUCAAGAGAUAUCGUCCGUGGCUUUAGAAAAACAGUCCUCAGGUUUCGGCACCGUUGUCGCACCCGGCAAAGAAGUUCAAGAUCCCGGUGUGGCGGCCAAAAGGAAAAAAAAGAAGAAGAAGAGCCCCUUGACAGGCCGGCCGGGCACAACCCGGAAGGCGUGCGUCAGCGGCCUGAGCGUGAGUCGCUGGAAGAGCGACAGCAGGAUUCAAACCCCACACAGGUUUAGGAGGAGGAAGGCUGCCGACUGCACCAUGGACGAUCUGGUCUCAGCCCAAACUAAAGAACUGCACGAUCUUCUCGGGCAUACAAAUAAUUUCUCCACCCCGGUGAGAACAUGUCCACUCAACCUCUCGUCGCUGCUGACGGACUUCACGCCGCACACCCAGUAUUGGAAUCGUCUCAAGUCCGCGCUCUCCAUUCACCGCAAAGUGAUGGUGACGCCGAGCAAUCACAAAACUCCGGGCCCAGCAGAUAUCAGCCAGCUCAUGUCCGACGUGGAUCUGUCCGACGCAGAGAAAGUGUACGCAGAGUGCGGCCAGCCGGGCCCCCUGCCGUGGACGCAGUGUAUUUCCCCACAACGCAUGAAACAGUGUGUCAAGAUUGGGGAGGGGACGUUUGGCGAGGUCUUCUCCACCAGCAACGCCUCCGGGGAGGUGGUUGCACUCAAAGUCAUUCCAGUGGAGGGCAGUGAGAAGGUGAAUGAAGAAGACCAGAAGACGUUAGGGGAGAUUCUCCAUGAGAUUAUCAUCUCCAAGGAGCUGAGCAGCCUGAAGGACAAACAGCAGAACCAGACCAGCAGCUUCAUUGGACUCAAAGAUCUUCACUGUGUCCGAGGCUGCUACCCUCCAGAGUUCCUCAAGGCUUGGGACACCUUCGAUCAGAAAAAGGGCUCUGAGAACGACAGACCCGAUUUCUUCAAAAAGGACCAGUUAUUUAUCAUCCUGGAGUUUGAGUUUGGCGGCGUGGACCUCGAGAACAGCAACGGAACGCUGUCGUCGUUGGCCGUGGCAAAGAGUAUCCUUCAUCAGGUGACCGCCGCCUUGGCUGUGGCUGAGCAGCAGCUGCACUUUGAACAUAGGGAUCUCCACUGGGGCAACGUCUUGGUUAAAACAACAAAAGACAAGACGGGGAACUUCCUCCUGAACGGAACAGCCCACUCUAUGGAAACCAAAGGGGUGCUCGUCCGCAUCAUCGAUUAUUCUCUCUCCCGACUGGAAAUUGACGGUCUCAGAGUAUCUUGUGACAUUUCAAACGACGAGGAGCUCUUCUUGGGCCAAGGAGAUUACCAGUUUGAUAUCUAUCGGCUGAUGAGAGAGGAGAACGGCAACGACUGGAACAGCUACCAGCCUCAUUCCAACGUGCUGUGGCUCCACUACCUGUGCUCCAAGCUGCUCGCCAUGAGGUACCGCAGCAAGGGUGGGAGGGGCGCCAAGGAAACCAAAAAAGAGCUGACACAUUUCUAUCAAAACAUCCUGCAGUACAGAUGUGCCACUGAAGCACUUCAAACAUGCCCCCUGUUUCACUAGAACACCUUUUUAACCUCCGCUUAGACAUGUCCAUUAUUUCAACUUAUCAUGUUUAAUAACAUUAAACGCUCACAUUACUUUU